GAUUUAGAGGCCGGGUUGCCCCCUUGGGUAUCCAAGCCGUGGCUCCUCUUACUUCUGGUUAGGCUUCAGUUUAGACCCAAGAGCUUGUUUGACCCUGACAGAAGCAAACUUUCAUCCAUUUGCUUGGAAGUCUACUCUGCUGGGAAUGGCAAGAAAUCUAUCCGCAGCUUCCUCUAGGUUUGGCUUAACACCCAGAAGAGAAGUGAAAAACUGUCUUCUCAAUGGAAGAUGACAGCGAACCUGAGCAGAGCUCCUGGGCUCAUCUACCUGAUGUCUUCCUGAGGCACAUCUUCCAUUGGCACAUCUUCCAUUGGUUAAACAACAUGGACAGAUCUGGGGCUGCCUUGGUCUGUAAAAAAUGGCGUUGGGUGAUGCACUCAGGAUCCCUCUGGAGAAGCAGGACCAUCACAAUCUAUGGCCAACCAUCAAGUGCACUAUGGUAUGUCAAAGAAUUUAGCAAGUAUUUGGAGCACCUUGAGAUCAAGUUAUCGAAUCCUUACAAUACUGCCUUUACCCAAAAAUUUCAAGUGACUAUGAGAGGUAUUCUUUCACACCUGGGUAUAUACCUGAGCAUCAAGUACCUGGAAUUAGACAGCUUGAUCUGGAAAAGUGUGGUCAGGGCUCAGUUUAUCAAGAACUUCCUGAAAAGAGUGAGCAAACAGCUUGUAAAAGGAGCAAGAGUAACCUUGGAAGAAGGCUGUGAGCUUCUGACUUCUCUGAGCUGCUUGACAAAUAAAAGCUUUGUAUCUAAAAUGAAAAUCGAGGAUUUCAUCAGUCUCCACCUUCCUGUAUACAGCAGCACCACUAUGUCCAAGUUCCACAACCUGGUCACCCUGACUUUCAAUUAUAACUGCAUCUCUGAUGAAAUGCUGAACAUCCUGAGGGAGCACAGCACUCGUUCCCUGUGCACCUUCAAUAUCGAAUGUCAUAUCCAUGACCCUCUUAGGCAAGUGGUCCAGGGAAUGUCAUGAGCAAACUUGGCCAAGAGAGUCCCAAAUCUGAAUGUGAACUUUGAAGGAGUCAUGAGGCAUGAUCAUCUAGCCAGGAUCCUGCUAGCAGAGAUCCCAGUCAGGAGCAUCAGUCUAUGGAGCUGCUAUUUCAGUGCCCCAGACUGGACGAGACCUACCCUCACCAACCUCCUCCCAGCCUACGGGCAUGCUCUGCAGCAACCUCCGACUCUCAGUUGUCGUGCGCUGUGACCUGGAUUUCUGAGCCUCUGUACUGGCACACUGCAUCUUGUUUGCAAUG